GGGCUGGCUUGCCGAACAACCUCCUCGUGGUGCCAGCUGGGUGGUUCGGGUUUUUCCCGUUCCAGCAAAUGGUUCGGCGGCAGUGUUCCAGGACGUGGUGGGUUUUCGCCUGGCAAGCGUUCUCCCUAUAAAAAGCCACAUAUGUCCGUUUAACAACACUGCGACGUGGCGGAUGUGACUCGCCACUAAAUAAAGUCACUGCCCCUUGCCCCUCCCUGAGAGGCAUUGUACUUCAAGGGUGCGUUGGGCCCCUGGUCCUUCACGGACCGAAAGGCGUAUGAACCAUCUAUUUGGUCACCGGCUCCCAACGGGUUGCGACGCCCUCACAUCGCCCUGCUGCCUUGUAGGUUAGAUCUUUGAUCAAAGACAACCCUCUACUUCGGCCUGGGCAACCGGGUAGUAUCACGCCCACUGACGAAUCAUGGACUACACCGCUCACUACUGCUACUGCUAUGCCUCUCUUCUGUCCUAACUCAACCGCUCAACGUCCACUCACAGACCACCCCACCUCCCGUCCUUCACCUACAUGUACUUUUAUAUCUUCUACGGUCACCGUCACGAACGACCCACGUCUCGCAGCUGAUGGAAGUAACAGCCAAACUCCCGGUUUUCAAUGUCCUGCGAUCGCAACCGCCUCUCACUCCACCGAAGCUCCAGCUCUUCUUCGACCUGGUUCUCCAUUCAUCCUCGCAGCGUUUAAUGUUCGAACUUUGAUGCAGAUCGGACGACAAGCAUGUCUGGCCCGUACUCUUGAAACGCUAUCGGUAGACAUCUGUUGCCUUUCAGAGACCAGAUUACAAGACUCUAGCGCCGUCAUCAGAAUGGCCUCUCCGGUAAACUCUGACGUCAAAUACUACUUGCGGCUUUCCGGAGACCCAGAAUCUGCCGCCACUGGUCAAGCUGGUGUUGGGGUUGUAUUAAGUGCCAGGGCUGAAUCAGCUCUGCUUGACUGGAUCCCAGUCAACAGUCGACUAUGUGCAGUCAGACUAAGAGGUUCAUGUAACGUAAGCAGGCGUCGAGAUGUUAAGCGUGCCUUGUUUGUCGUCUCCGCCUACGCCCCUACAGACUGCAGCCCGGAUGCAGUUAAAGAUAGCUUUUACCAACAACUACAUGAACUUCUACGUUCCUCCAAAAGGACGGAUAUAGUCAUUCUUGCCGGGGACUUUAACGCACGGGUUGGCCGCCUUCUACCAAGCGAGCACCACAUUGGGGGUAGUUUUGGUCUCGGUGGCAGUCGAUCAGACAAUGGAGACAGAUUGCUUGCUCUUUGCUCUGAUCAUCGCUUGUUUCUUUCGAGCACUAGUUUUCGACACUCGAGGAGACACACUGCUACCUGGCGCCCGCCCUCACAAACGCAAGAGUGCUCCCAGCUUGACCACAUAGCAAUCAGCUACAGAUGGCGCGGAAGCGUAACGGACUGCCGAUCGUACUGGUCAACUUUUCUAGACUCUGAUCACGCAUUAGUUCGUGCUAAGAUUUGCAUGCGUUUCGGAGGAUCACCUAAGCGCGCGCACUACCGACCGGACGUCGCGAAUCUACAAAACGCUGCGAUUUUAACCAGGUACCAAGCCUCACUGUCAACCUUGCUUGGCUCAACUGUUGACAGUGAUCUCGAUUCGCAGUGGGCGCAUAUCAAAGAUGCUUUAGCUUCCGCCAGUAUCGACACUUGUGGAGUUACCCGUCACCCACCGAAACAUUGGAUUUCCGCCGACUCCUUGUCGCUGAUGGACAGACGCCGCUUGAUCCCAUCGGAUUCCAGACACAGUGAGGAACGCCAAUACCUUGGUCGAGAGUUGCGCAGGAGUCUGCAAAUGGACCGCGAAGCUUGGUGGUGUGAACGUGCUAGGGAGAUGGAGCUUGCUAGUCUCUGUGGUAAUACCAGGAAACUCUUCCAUCUCAUUCGAGUCACCGAAGGUGUUCGAUCUGGUAUAAGUGAAACAAUAUGCGAAGAGGAUGGCACCUUAAUCACCAAUCUUCAACGACGGUUGGAGCGAUGGGCCGAACAUUUUGGCUCGCAGUUUUGUUGGCCCCCAGCUCCAUCUGCUACCUCUGGCGCUCGCUCUGGGGCCGAGUGGUCUACCCCAACAGACCCUCCCUCUUCCCAGGAAAUCGAGCAGGAGCUCCGGCACAUGAAGCGCUAUAAAGCCCCCGGCCCUGAUGGUCUUCACCCAGCUCUAUUUAAAGAUGGUGGCGCAUCGCUGGUCCGAGAACUCACCGCUUUGUUCUCGAAAAUUUGGUCGAAAGAGAAAGUUCCAUCAUCUUGGGGUGAAUCGAUAGUUGUCCCCAUCUUCAAAAAGGGCCUGCGCACAAUCUGCUCCAACUACAGAGGAAUAAGCUUAGUCCCCGUCGUUUGCAAGCUGCUGGUGUCCAUCAUACUUCGCAGGCUCUCCCCAACACGCGAAUCGUUGCAACGAGAAGAACAAGCUGGGUUUCGCCCUGGUCGCGGCUGCAUCGAUCAAAUCUUCACACUUCGCCAGAUCCUCGAGCUCCGCCAUGUGUAUCAGAGGCCAACGAUUGCUGUGUUCCUGGAUAUCCGUGCAGCCUUCGAUUCUGUCGAUCGUACAGUACUGUGGCAUUGCCUUCUGAGGAAUGGUGUCCCCGAGAAGUUCGUCUCCAUACUGCGCGCUCUAUAUAGUCUGACCUCGGGCAGGGUUAGGGCUUAUGGCAUGCUUUCGCCUACCUUUGUGGUCUCCAGUGGAGUUCGACAAGGAUGCCCUAUCUCUCCGUUCCUAUUCAACUUUGCCAUUGAGGAUGUCCUGAAGAACGCUCUGAGCGAUUCGUUGAACGCUGGCGUUGAGCUCCUCCCAGGUAGUCGAGUUGUUGAUUUGGAUUAUGCUGAUGAUAUCGUCUUGCUGGGUGACGAUCCACAGGUCGUCCAACUUGCAUUAAACCGCUUGGCGAUUGAAGCAUCAAAGUACGGUAUGUACUUUUCGCCAUCCAAAUGCAAGGCUCUCCUUCAAGACUGGCAGGUGCCUCUGCCUGCACUCACGCUUGCUGGUGAGACACUAGAGGUUGUGGAGAGCUUUGUCUACUUGGGAAGUUGCAUCACUGCUGGCGGGGCUGUUGGAGACGAGAUUUCGAUGCGCAUCUCGAAAGCACGCCUCGCUUUUUCUAGGCUGAGGCAUUUGUGGCGUCGCCACGACAUUCGUCUCUCCAUCAAAGGGCGGGUCUAUUGUGCAACUGUUCGUGCUGUACUGUUGUACGGAUGCGAGACCUGGCCCAUUCGCAAAGAUGACUUGCGCAGGCUAUCCGUCUUCGAGCACCGCUGUCUGCGGUCCAUUGCCCGUGUGUGGUGGCAGCACCACGUAAGCAAUGUGGAAGUUAGACAGCGUGUCUUGGGACGUGGAAGCCACUCGCUCGAGGAGCUCAUCUCACUGCAUCAACUGCGGUGGUUGGGACACGUAUUGCGCAUGCCUGUCCAGCGUUACCCCCGUCGUGCGUUGUUUGCACUUGCUGGACAGGGCUGGAAGAGACGGUCUGGUGGACAGCCUACAACAUGGAGAAGCCGCAUGAAAAAGUUGACGAAACAGCUGGCCUCGGCCGGUUGUUGUCGACUACCUGGUUGGGGUCCGAGAGAUGAGGAUACUUGCUGGUUGAAGACCUUGGAAGUUAUGGCUCAAGAUCGAUGUCAAUGGCGGACGUGUGCAUCGGUUUGUUGCGGUGUCCCUUCUUCCUCCCCCUAAAAAAAGAACAAACUGAAAAAAAUUUCAAAAACUGUGAGUGGUAAAAUAGACAAAAAAGUAUUUGUUGUUGCUCUUUUCUUAUUAUUCAUAUUGUUUUCCUAUUCAGCCAUGAUUCCGAUGGCACAAUAUCUGUACCACAGAUUGUGUAUUAUAUAUAUAUAUGGUUGGCGGCAUCCGGUUUCGGAUUUGCCUGUCACUGUGGCAAGCCACAGGACGCCUGCGCCUACAGAGGGACCAUGGGUGGCUUGCGCUGCACCACCCACAGCUCCAACCACACACCCCAUAUCCAGUGUAAACCCGAAGGAAUAAGACCGGGAGGCAUGUGGAUGGGAACCACGUUUCAUCAACGGAGCCGGCCCACACUCCUUCACAGGCAAACACAAGCACACUGUAUUUGGGGAAUCAAGCGCACACAAGGCGGUGGCUGGACCGUAGUCCGUUCCACACUGAGUGCAUGGAACCACUCUUCGAGCCUAGCACGGCCACAAGGACCGUGCACCCCGUCCCCCCCAGCAACGACCAACUGUCUCCUGGAGCCAGUAUGGACGAGGUAGUGGGUAAUAGACAGGUAGGCACCUUGUCAACAUGCACAUCAAGCGCAGCCACACCGGGGAUAGCACGCAACAGCCAAUC